AUGUCUUUCCCCCUCCAUCCUUCUCUUGUCAACGGCAUCACCAAGGGAGACCCCUCUUUCCAGGGCGGUGUCCUGAAGUGCAAGUGUUCAACCUCGCCCGUCACAGUCACUCUCCGCAGCAACGUCGUCCACAACCAUGCCUGCGGCUGUUCCAAGUGCUGGAAGCCAGAGGGUGCUCUGUUCUCCAUCGUCUCCGUCGUGCCCGUUGACAAGCUCGAGGUGACGGCCAACGGCGACAAGCUGGCCGUUGUCGACCCUAGCGCCACUAUCCUGCGCCACGCCUGCACCGGCUGCGGCGUUCAUCUGUAUGGCCGUAUCGAGAAGGACCACGCCUUCAAGGGCCUCGACUUUGUCCACACCGAGCUGUCCGAUGAGAAGGGCUGGCAGGAGCCCCAGUUUGCCGGUUUUGUGACUUCGAUCAUCGAGCAGGGCUUCGACGCGAGACACAUUGACGACGUGAGGGCUCAGUUCAAGUCUCUUGGCCUCGAGUCCUAUGAUGCUCUGAACCCUCCGCUCAUGGAUGCCAUCGCGGCGUUCACGGCCGCCAAUGAAGCCAAGGCCUAG